GAUCCGGUGCUGGCCGAAUGGGAACGGGAACACGAGGAAACAACCAAAAUCAAAAACAUUGAGUCGCUCGUGUUGGGACCGUACGUUAUGGACGCCUGGUACUACAGUCCCUUUCCUAAGAAUUACAGCAACCUGAAAACCCUGUACGUCUGUGAGUACUGUCUCACCUACAUGCGCAAGGUCUCGUCCUAUAAACACCACCGAGCGCACUGUACCACCCGCCAACCACCAGGAAAGCGCAUUUAUCACCAACCGCUACCCAACGAUGAAGAUGCUUCCUACUUGGAUGUUUACGAGCUGGACGGACAGGAUGCCAAGUUGUACUGUCAAAAGCUGUGUCUACUCGCCAAACUCUUUCUGGAUCACAAGACCUUGUACUACGAUGUAACCCCCUUUUAUUUUUAUGUGGUAGCCAAGGUUGACGACCAUGGUUCGCACAUUGUCGGCUAUUUCUCCAAAGAAAAGGUGUCGGGGGAAGGCUAUAAUCUCGCGUGUAUCUUGACCUUCCCUCCAUACCAAAAAGCGGGAUUUGGCAAAUUCAUCAUUUCUCUCAGUUACGAAUUAUCCAAACGGGAGAAUAAAACUGGAUCCCCCGAAAAGCCCCUAUCUGAUCUCGGUAAGGUCUCGUACCGUUCGUAUUGGACACACGUCCUGUUGAGUGUUUUGUACGAACACGACCCGCAACAGGAUUUGUCCAUUGCUGAUUUAUCUUUAACGACCGGUAUCAAACAAGAAGAUAUUCUGUCGACUCUUCAACAACUCGAGAUGAUUAAAGUUUGGAAAGGGCAGCAUGUCGUAUAUGUCAAACAAGCGGUGUUGGAGGAGUACCGAGCACUCAAUAAGCGCUUUCGAUUGUGUCAGCCAGAAUGUUUGGAGUGGAAGCCUCCGGAUGA